CGCCGUGCAGACAGCGGCCAUGCGCGCCCUGCCCGCCCUCGCUCUGCUGCUGGCCGCCUGGCUGGCCGUGGCUUCGGCUCUCAGCUGUCUGCCCUGCACCAAGGACCGCCACGUGAAGUGUCUGCUGGACAACCCCAGCGAGUGCUCGUGCUUCCCGUGGGGCCGUAAGCCAGGCGUGUGCGGCUGCGGCUGCAUGGUCUGCGCCCGCGGCCUGGGGCAGAGCUGCGGCGGCCCGUGGAACCUAUCCGGACAGUGCGGCGACGGCAUGGUGUGCGACAAGAGACCGCCGCUGGCCGGCAAGUGCGUGAAGGCCUGCUCAGAUCCAGUCAUCAAGUAUUUCCCGAUUAAGAAACUGCCGAAAGCUGUUGCCGAGCCAGAAGUUUUGAAGCGCACAGAAAAUGCUUGAUCUUGGUGCUCGAUCAUAGACCAACGAUCAUAAAUGAAAGUUCUGACGAAACGACCAUCUGCGGCAACUGACAUGUGGCAACUGAUGCAGUAACAAUUAAUCAGAAAACUUGCAUUGUAUUCCCGUCAUUCUGACAUUGUUUAAUAUCAUUCGUGCAAUGUGCUUGAUUGGAGCGAGCGAAAACACAUCAACAAAUAUAU